GUCUAGAUGCAGAGCUGUACUACGUGAGGGAUGACGUGGUAAACCACUAUGCGCUCUCCUUCAUCCUGCCUGUACCCAGCGAGACCAACAGCCUGCACUUCACCUGGCGCUCCAAGGAUAAGGUUGAUUACCAGAUGGGUUUCCAUGUGGACAACCCUGCAGCUAUGAACCAACCACAGAGCAACAUCUCUACCCAGGGGGAGGUGCCUCGCACAGCCUCAGUGUUCAGAGUGGACCUGUUCUGCUCAGGAAAGGUAGAUGGAGAGGCGGUCCUGACGGUACAGCUCAACCUCACCAGCCACUCGAACAACUUCACAGUCCUCAACUUCAAGAGGAGGAAAAUAUGUCACAAACGAAUAGAUCCUGAUCUGAAGAUCCCUCCCGUCUCCAACAAUAAGACCGUUCAGCGGCCAGAGAAUGGAGUGUCCAUACCUACCACCUCUACCAGGGUGUUCUAUAUCAGUGUCGGGGUCUGCUGUGCUGUCAUCUUCCUGGUAGCCAUUGUUCUGGCUGUCAUGCAUCUACACAGCAUGAAGAGAGUGGAGCUGGACGACAGUGUUUCAGACAGUGGCAGUUCCCAGGGCCUGUCCCAGCCGUCCACCCAGACCACCCAGUACCUGAGAGCUGACACACCCAACAACGCCAGUGCUGUCACCAACCAUCACCCUGGCACUGCACCCAUUCUCCAGCUUGCUGCCGCCACCUUCCCAAACCCUGGUGCCCCCGUCCAUGAAACCAGAA